AGAAAAGACUCCGCACGGCGCGGGUGAGUCAGAACCCAGCAGCCGUGGACCCCGCGAAGCCGCCAGCCCCGGGGAUGUUCCGAGACUUCGGGGAACCAGGCCCGAGCUCCGGGAACGGCGGCGGGUAUGGCGGCCCCGCGCAGCACCCGGCCGCAGCGCAGGCAGCCCAGCAGAAGUUCCACCUCGUGCCAAGCAUCAACACCAUGAGUGGCAGUCAGGAGCUGCAGUGGAUGGUACAGCCUCAUUUCCUGGGGCCCAGCAGUUACCCCAGGCCUCUGACCUACCCUCAGUACAGCCCCCCACAACCCCGGCCAGGAGUCAUUCGGGCCCUGGGGCCGCCUCCAGGGGUACGUCGAAGACCUUGUGAACAGGUAGGGCUGUGA